AUGUCUUGGACACAGUUUAGUUUUAACUAUACGGCAACGAAUUCGAUAUCUACUCUUACAUUUACGAUACACGGUGGACCUGCAGGAGAAGUUUCCUAUUUGGAUGAUGUGUCUUUCGUCAGUCGAAAUGCAUCUUCGAUUCAGCUUCUUCAAAAUCCUAGCUUUGAGAAUUCAACAACAGUACCAUCUGGAUGGGUCACCUGGUGUGCAUCUUCCUGUUCAAGUAUCGGUGAUGGCGGUAACAUCAUCAGUAGUGGCUGUCACUCUGGUUCUGGUAAUACAUGCUAUAGCGGCCGUUGCAACACUGGCUAUGACUUUCUUGGCCAAUCAGUCGCGACAACGAUUGGUAACAGCUAUAUAAUAUCCUUUUGGCUGAUGAAAACGGGGGGAGGUGCCGGUGUGUUCUAUGCUGAUAUCAAUUAG